AUGACGUCCGCGUCGUCUUCGUCGAAACAGACAAUUAGCCUGGAGGAGUGGGAGUGCAAAAUGGCGGAGGUUCCAAUUGCAAAAAGCGACCUGAACCAGCUAAUAAUGAACUACCUGAUAAUCGAGGGGUACAAGGACGCAGCGGAAAAGUUCAGCGAGGAAAGCGGGCUGCAAACGCAAGUAGACCUGGGGUCAAUUGAGGAGCGGAUGCAAAUCCGGUAUGCGGUGCAGUCGGGCGACAUCCGCUUGGCCAUAGAGCGGGUCAACGACCUGAACCCGGACCUUCUGGAGACCGACGCGCGGCUGUAUUUCCGGCUGCAGCAGCAGCAUUUAAUCGAGCUGAUUCGGCAGGGCCGGGCGACUGAGGCACUGGAGUUUGCGCAGGAGGAGCUGGCGCCGCACGGGGCGGAGCAUCCGGAGCUGCUGCGGGAGCUGGAGCGCACAAUGGCGCUGCUGGCGUUUGACAGGCAGGACUCGCCGGUCGCCGAGCUGCUCGAGUUUGGGCAGAGGCAAAGGACGGCCAAUGAACUGAAUGCGGCGUUGCUGGCAGCCCACAGCCAGCCCAGGGAGCCCAAGCUGCCGGCGCUGCUGCAGCUGCUGGCGUGGACCCAGGCGCAGCUCGACGACAAGGCGAGGUACCCGAGAAUCAACAGUAUUGUGAAUCCUGUGCUUGAAGAGCCAGCCGACAAGACAUGA